AUGCAAAUCGGAGACUCGUCAUCGGAAACUACGUCUUCAUCAGAGUUAUCUCAAAAACAACAGGAUCACCUUACGGUCCCCGAACCGCAUCACCCUAAUGAUGAAUAUACGCCCAACACUUCAGCGUCAGCAACAACGCCAACUACAACGGAAGACGAGGACCUGAAGGAUCAUAAAAAGAAAUCACCGCUUCCCCACUCUCCUCGUCGUAAAUUGUCGGGACGUCUGGGACAUCUGUUUCAUCCAUCCCCUCGUCAUGCCAAGCAACCUGGAGAUACCCGUGGCGACAGCAGUGCUUCCAUUGAAAGUAGUGCCUCGGAAUCCUCGUCCACUGGGGCCAAAAUUAGUCGAUCCUUUGGAAAUUUGUUUGCCCACAGCAGCUGGAGAAAGCACCUGCAACAUCAUCACCUCCACCAUCACCAGCACCAGGAGGAACCAUGCUCUCCCUUUGCCGAUGUACCGAGAUUAGCCGAGAAAUAUGGCGAUUAUGUCAAGCCGGCCAAACCCUCUGGCAAAAACUCUGGAGCGACGAAUAAACACAAUAUUGGAAGCGGAGCUACGGCUGUGAUUCGUCUUGUGCAACCGCCCGAUCAUGGACCCAUCUUGGCCGUAAAAGAAUUCAUGAAACGAGAAAAAAACGAAGACCAGCGAGAAUACAUGAAACGUAUGCACAAUGAAUACUGCAUCAGUAAAACGGCGAGUGGUCAUCCCAAUAUCGUGGCAACCAAAGAUCUGGUGCUUGACGAACAUGAUCGUUGGUGUUCUGUCAUGGAAUAUUGUGACGGCGGAGAUCUAUUUAGUUUACUGACGGAGCGGCCUAAUUUAUCACUCAUGGAGCAAGCAUGUCUUUUCAAGCAACUGCUGCUUGGAUUGCAACACUUGCAUCAUCUUGGGAUCGCCCACCGUGACAUUAAACCAGAGAAUCUGUGCUUGACUGCCGGUGGCACUUUGAAAAUUGCCGAUUUUGGUGUAGCGGAUGUAGUGCAAACCUGUUUCGAAAGAGAACCUCAUUCUUGCUACAAAUGGUGCGGAUCCGAACCUUUCUGGAGCCCUGAAAUGUGGACUCUCAAAGAUGCCGAAACGGCCUAUGACGGUCGAGCUUUAGAUGUGUGGAGUGCAGCCAUCACCUACUUCUGUAUUCGUUUCCAAACGUUGCCGUUUAGCAAUGCGUUUUAUACCGAACAUCCAUGCAAAGCGCCUCCUGAAGGAGCGUCUACCGGAUCCCCGGCUGCUGUGGCAGCUCAGGCAGCCGAUGGUGGCGACCCGGCUUUUAGAAAAUAUAUCCAACAACGAAAAGAGGAUCCUAUGCAAUGCGAUUUAUGGCGCCAACCUGACGGCACCAUGAUGGCCGAAGAAGAACGUGAAUGUUUAUCUCAUAUGCUCGACCCCAAUCCGGAAACACGUUGGACAAUCGAUCAAAUCGUUGAAUGUCCUUGGGUGCAAAAAGUUGAAAUGUGCAAUGAUGGCGAACUUCCCAACGGAUGGCGACAUUAUCAUUGCUGCAAAUAA